GCAAAACUACAAUAGAUAAAUACAGCAGUGACUGAGCAAUUGAACAUUCAGGAUAAGUGAGGAUAACAAAGGUGCAUCAGUGAUGGCUGCAAGUCCUCAGUUUGGUGUACAGUUUAUCUCUGAGUUUAGGAUUGUGCUGCUUGGGAAUAAAGGAGCUGGAAAAACCUCUCUAGCAAACAUGAUUGUGUGCAGACAGACCACAUCCCCAAAGAAUACUGCACAGUGCAUGAAAAUCCGUGGAGUCGCAGCUGGAAGACUGGUCACGCUGGUUGACAGUCCUGGCUGGUGGAAGAACCUUCUUGUGAAUGAGACUCCUGAGUUUCAAAAACAGGAGCUGGUGCUAAGCAUGACUCAUUGUCAACCAGGACCCCAUGCUGUUCUUCUAGUCAUACGUGUCGAUGUUUUAUACACAGAUAAAAACAAAAGAGCAGCGCAGCAGCACCUGGAGCUUCUUGGGAAGGACAUCUGGAAGCACACAGUAGUUGUGUUCACUUAUGGUGACCGUCUUCAGGAGCAAAAAGUUGAGCAGCACAUCGAAAGUGAUGGAGAAACCUUUUUGCAGUGGCUUGUGGGAAAAUGUGGGAACCGGUAUCACAUUUUCAACAUUGAUAGAUACAGUGGUACUCAGGUGAAAGAUCUGCUUGAGAUGAUUGAGGAUAUGGUGGCUGGAAAUGGAGGCUCAUGUUAUGAAAUGGAUAAAAAGUGUCUGUAUGAAGUCAAAGAGAUGAGGAGGGUGGCAGAGGAGAAAGCAAACAAGAGGAGGAUGAUGGCACAGGAACAAAGAGAUAUGCACCAAGGCCAUAACUGCUCGCUGUCCAACAUAAGAAUGGUGUUGUUAGGCUAUCGGAGAUCUGGGAAAAGUUCUAUCAGGAAUAAUAUCUUUGGAAGAGAGAACAUUGACUUAAAGAGAACUUCACAAUGUGUGAAGACUCAGAGUGAGGUUGCUGGAAAAAUCAUCACUGUCCUGGACACACCAGGCUGGUGGAAGACUCUCGCAGCAAGAGACACUGCAGAACUGGACAAGCAAGAAAUAUUACGCAGCAUUUGUCUGUGUUCCCCAGGACCGCAUGCUUUACUCUUGACUCUACGCUUAGAUAUGCCAUUCAGAGAUGAAGAGAUGAAAUCAUUGGAGGAACACGUGAGUCUUCUUGGCGAGCGAGCUUGGAACCAUACUAUUCUUCUCUUCACUCAUGGGGAUUUGCUUGGUGAUCUGACUGUUGAGCAGUACAUUGAGACUGAAGGGAAGAACUUAAAGUUGCUUGUUGCAAAAUGUAGAAACCGGUAUCAUGUUCUCAAUAACAAGAAUUUGCUUGAUGGUGGUCAGGUCAUGGAGCUGUUUAAGAAGGUCGAGGAGAUGGUGUCAGAAAAUGAAGGCCUUUAUUAUGAAAUGCACCCAAGGACUUAUAAGGAAGUGAGGAGGAAAUGGAGAUUAAUAGAAAAAAAAUCCAAGAUGAGGCUGAAGGUGAUGCAUAGAAGGAUGAUAGGCUCAGUGAAAGGUGCUGGACAAUAUCUGACUGAGCUUAGCCUCGUUCUGCUGGGGUACGGUGAGGCCGGUAAAACAUCAGCAAGGAACACCAUCCUAGGCACAAUAGAUUUUGGAUUGAAAAGAACCUCCCGGUGUGUGAAGAGAAUGGGAGAAGUAGAAGGAAAACUACUCACUGUGAUAGACACACCAGGAUGGUGGAAGCGUCUUCCAAUAGAAGAAAUGCCAGAAUUUAGCAAACAGGAAAUUCUACAGAGUCGCUCCCUGACCCCUCCAGGCCCAGUCAUUUUUUUACUGGUCAUCCGUCUUGACAGUUCUUUUCAAGAGGAAGAGAGAAGAGCUGUGAAGGAUCACUUGAACCUUUUUGGAGACACAGUCUGGGACCAGACCAUGGUUCUGUUCACUUGUGGGGAUUGGUUAGGGGACAGACCCAUUGAGCUGUACAUUGAGAGUGAAGGUGAGGCACUAAAGUGGAUUCUUGAAAAAUGUGGCAAUAGGCAUCAUAUUCUCAGCAACAAGAACCAGAGAAGUAACACUCAGGUCACUGAACUCCUGAAGAAGAUUGAAGAACUGGUGGCUGAAAACAAAGCAUGUCAUUCAGUGGGCAUGUGGGAUUUGAAGGAGAAGACAGGGAGGAGGUUGGAGAAUAUCCAAGCCAGUGAGAGAGGAAUACAGAGACAGACUGAGGAUUUUGACUCAGAUGAUGAUGUGUUUACUACUGACAGGAAAUACAAUAUAAAAAAAUAAUAAUUAAGUGUAACUGUAUAGUAGGAAUAAUAAUGAGAUGAUGAAUACAAAGUCUUCUAAGAGUAUUAAAGGACCACAAUAUAUUCUUCAUAAAAACAUACAUGAGGAAUAUAAUGGCUGGGGGAGCCCUACUGUCCUACUCUGAUAUGCCCCGAAUGGUAGUCUGUCCCCGUAUUUCCUUGGUAUGCCU